CUCGAAAACAUUCUCCUGGCUCUGUACGUCACGCACCCAACUAUCCCACAAAUCUCCCCCGUUUUCUAAACAGUGCUGAUAAAAAGUUCCUCAGAUACGCCCCGAAACCACUCUACAAAGGCCCUCAAAGGAUAUCCUUCCUCCAGUCCUGCACCCUCGAGCUCAAAACCUGGUUCUACGAACUCCCCGCCGACCUUCGCAUCGACAAACACAACGACCUCCCGCAAGUCUACACCCUCCACAUGGUCUACCACACCUGCUGCAUCCUCCUCUUCAAACCCUUCCUCCUCAAAUCCAAAGACACCCCCGCCGCCCUCAAAACCGACAUGGCGAAACGCGCAGAGGUCCUCUGCAUCGAGUCGGCGAAACGCAUCUGCCACGCGGGGAAGAAAUACCGCCAGGUCUACGGCUCGUUCCGGCGCAGCCCCAUCUCCGCUACGCACUGCACGCUUACCGCGGCGCUGGUGCUGAUCCAGUACGCGAGCCCUGAUCCGGAGUUUGCGAAUACGGGGAGGCCGUGUUGUACCGUCUACAUCGAAGCAUGCCUCGAAGUCCUAGCGGAGCUAGGCAUCUCCUGGCGUCCCGCCGCGAAAAUGCGGUGCGAUCUCAUCAAAUACCUGUAUCAAAAGUACCCGGAGCGGAUACCAAACUCCAUCCUGCAGCAGCAAGGCGCCCGCAGGGAUCCGGACCGGGAUCCAACGGCGUCGGUGGUGGUUGAAAGAGACGUGGACGGCGCGUCAGUGCCGAGUUCUACGCAGCCGCAGCAGACGCUGGAGCAGAAUCUGUGUCCCCUGAUGAACAUGAUUGACCAGGAUUUCGCGUGGGAUGCAUCCAGCGCGGCUGAUCAGGCGCUCCAGGGGGCGUUGCUGAGUAACGGCGGGUCGGAGUCGGCUUUCAAUACGCAAUUUGCGCUAGCGGAUUCUAUUAGCGAGCUUGGGCAGCAGAACGGGCUGAGUUUCAUGGACGAUAGCUUUUGGGCGGGGAUGAAUCUUGAUGUAAAUUUUGAAGCCCAAAACCCAUGACGGGGAUUACUGUGGGUGUUUUACCUAGAUAAGCGUAUGGUUUUGAUACUAUUAUAUACCUUGCUAGAUAUUAUAUCCUUACUUUCGGAGGCUUAAAUCCAGAAUGGAAAGCAACUUGAAGGAUCUUACGUUGAUAUCGCUAUCAUCGUUGUGGGGUAUUGGUUUGAAAACACACCGUUGAUAAAGAACAACUGGGCUUUCCAGAUGCUUUGUUUCUCAGCGGAACUGGUACGUCAUUCAAGUGAAUAAUUCAAAACUCUGGACUUGUGAG